GUGAUGAGAAACCACACAGUAAUAACAACUUUUAUCCUGCUGGGACUGACAGAAGACCCACUACUGCAAAUCUUGAUUUUUAUCUUUCUAUUUCUCACCUACACGUUGAGUGUAACAGGUAACCUGAUUAUUAUCACCCUCACUCUGGUGGACUCCCAUCUUAAAACGCCUAUGUACUUGUUCCUCAGAAAUUUUUCCUUCUUAGAAGUCUCAUUUACCACCGUCUGCAUUCCUAGAUUUCUGUACAGUAUAUCAACUGGGGAAAAUACCAUUACCUAUAAUGCUUGUGCAAGUCAAAUAUUUUUUGUCAUUUUCUUUGGAGCAACAGAGUUUUUUCUCCUGGCAGCCAUGUCCUAUGAUCGGUACGUUGCUAUCUGUAAACCCCUUCAUUACAUGACCAUCAUGAACAAUAGGGUGUGCACCUUAUUCGUUGUCUGCUGUUGGGUCUCUGGCUUGAUGAUCAUUCUCCCACCCCUUAGCUUGGGUCUCCAGCUGGAAUUCUGUGACUCCAAUGCCAUUGACCAUUUUGGCUGUGAUGCGGCACCCCUCCUAAAGAUCUCAUGCUCAGACACCUGGGUAAUAGAACCAAUGAUUACCCUCGUGGCUGUAUCUGCACUCAUCAUCACCCUAGAGUGUGUGCUGCUGUCCUGCACAUACAUCAUCCGGACAAUCCUGAGAUUCCCUUCGGUCCAACAAAGAAGAAAGGCCUUUUCUACCUGCUCAUCCCACAUGAUUGUGGUUUCCAUCGCCUAUGGAAGCUGCAUCUUCAUCUAUGUCAAGCCCUCGGCAAAGGACCAGGUGGCCAUAAAUAAAGGUGUUUCAGUGCUCACUACUUCUGUUGCUCCCUUGUUGAACCCCUUCAUUUACACCUUAAGGAAUAAGCAAGUGAAGCAAGCUUUUUAUGACUCUAUAAAGAGGAUUACAUUUCUCUCAAAGAAAUCAAAGUUUUGUUAA